AGCCACAGAGUGACGUCACAUGACAGGCAUCUCAAAUGACUGUAGUUCAAUCCUCGACUUCCGUGUUCUUUCACUACUACCAUCAGCCGAGCAGAAUGUCUCAUCAAACCGGCAUCCAAGCUACCGGGGAAGUGAAAGAAAUCUUUGCAAAGGCCCGGAACGGAGAAUAUCGGCUGAUCAAAGUAGUGAUUGACAAUGAAAAGCUGGUUCUUGGCGGAAGCAAGCGGGCUGCCAAGAAGUGGGAUCAGGAAUGGGACAGCUAUGUUCUCCCUCUCGUAGAAGAUGACAUGCCCUCGUAUCUUCUCUAUAGACUGGACACCACCAAUAACCAGGGAUAUGAGUGGAUCUUUUUGGCCUGGUCUCCAGACCACUCUCCGGUCAGACAAAAAAUGUUAUACGCUGCCACGAGGGCAACGCUGAAGAAAGAGUUUGGCGGUGGCCACAUUAAAGAGGAGAUUUUUGGCACAGUGAAGGAUGAUGUGUCUCUGAACGGCUAUAAAAAGUACCUCACCUCUCAGGCGGCGCCUUUGCCUCUGACGGCUGCAGAAGAGGAACUGAGGCAAAUUAAACUCAAUGAGAUGCAGACAGACAUCCAUGUUGACACAAAGCAGCAGACACUUCAAGGUGUGGCGUUCCCGAUGCAGAGGGAAGCUAUUCAAGCCCUGGAGCAGUUCAGGGAGAAAAGACUCAACUAUGUGCAACUGGAAAUAGAUUUUCCUAAAGAAUCCAUCAAGCUGUCUGGCACGACCCCUACGGAACUGAGAGAUCUGCCUAAAAGGAUUCCCAAAGACGCAGCUAGAUAUCACUUCUUCCUCUACAAGCACUCUCAUGAAGGAGACUACCUUGAGUCCACAGUGUUCAUCUACUCUAUGCCUGGUUAUAAAUGCAGCAUCAAAGAAAGAAUGCUGUAUUCAAGCUGCAAGAACCCUCUCAUAGACACAGUGGAGAGAAACCUGGGCAUUGAAAUUGCGAAAAAGCUUGAGAUUGACAAUGGCGAUGAACUCACUAGUGACUUUCUAUACGAAGAGGUUCACCCCAAGCAGCAUGCGCACAAGCAAGCUUUUGCCAAACCCAAAGGCCCAAGCGGAAAGAGAGGGGUUCGCAGAAUCACACGGGCACCAGGCGAGGGCCCCGAUGACGAUUAAACCUCCUCCACCACUUAUUCCAGGAUCGACAGUGGUACUUAGUCCUUAAAUCCAAUUCCCAGUUUACCUUGAGUCACAUAAACAACAGCCCUGUAGACUGAUCUAUGCACAAGAUACAACACUAACCUGUGAAUUUACAUUUUGUAGCCCGCAAUACAACAUGCUACGACGAGGAAAGCAGGUUGCGGUACACGAGAAUGUAUUUACAAACGCCACCUGUGACGUUCCUUGUUGUAGUUUUAACACUAUUACAAUGUUUAUUUGCAUAUUAUAGACUGACUUCUUUAUUUAGCCCAUAUUAUAUAGAUAGAUAGAGAGUGCAAUAUUGUUGAAAAUAACUAUGUUUAGUAGCGCUUGUAUAUUGAGAAUCGUUUUAAUGAUGAAAACGUACUGCGGUAUGAUUUCCUAUAAAGAUAUGUAGCCUAGCACUUCCAGUGAUGUCCAGUAAAACUACAUUUUUGCUGAGGACGUUAAUGUUUUAUGGGAAAUUGGCCAUUUAGUCCAAGAUUUAUGUUUGGGAAACAAGCCUGGAAAGUUAAACUCUAGUCUAGUCUCUGAUCUGAGAGGUUAGGUAUGUUUUAUAAGUCACUAUAAGCAUUAUUAAUUAACUUUCUGAUUGGUUAGGUUAAAAAUCAAAGGUCUUUCCUAAGAUGUGAGUAAAUUUGUCAAAUCAAAAGUAAUUUCAACAGUAUUUUCUCACCCUUGUAGUGAUUUAUAUGAAGGAUUUGCCAAGAAAAAUGUGCUGAAAAUGUUCCAAUACCUUUUUUUCUUUUAUAUAUAAAUAUAUAUGUUUUAAGUCUUAAAAUCGUUGUGUGAAUUUUAAUGUAGGACUGUUAAAUUAUAUAAAGAGUAAGUAUGUAAAUGAACCAAUCGUGACAAAUCUUAAGCAGUAAUGCUGUCUGCAUCUUAGCUAUUUUUCACAUUCUAGUAAAGAGUUAACCCACAGAGACGCUAUUUUUAUAAACCUGUACAGCUGUAUGUUCAGAUGAUGUCUUGAACUGGGUGUCCAUGGUUUGAAAGGUCGUCGUGUCUCUUCGAGCAAAUGUUUUUGUCAGCUAAUGGCCAGCUUCCAUGUCAUGCCGUUUACAGGUGCAUUAAUGUAAACAGUGCAUGCCAUUUACAUUGAUUGGAUGCUUUUGAAACCACUUAUAAGGGAUGAGAACACUGUCAACAUUUCUCCUAUAUGAAGGUAUUAUGAAGUCUUGAAUGGAAUUGUAGUCUUGUGUCUUUUUCUAUGCAUUGUAUACAAA